AUGGCGGGCUGGCUCCGACGCCGCGCUGCGGCGCCCAACGAGCUGCCUAUGCCCGUGACAGCAGCUAGCGUCGCCGAGCCCAAGCCCCAGCCCCCGCCCCCGUCGUCGGAGGGCACGCUGCUCACCGUCGAGCGCGACCUGCGCACAUACCUCCCGCCGGGGGUACGCCGCUUCCUAGGCUAUCGCGAGCAAGACCCCUCCAAGGCGGGGGACGACGAGGACGCCGAGCUGCCGGCCAUGCCGCUGCCGUUCCCGCCGUUCAGCUGGCUCGCGCACAUCCCGCUCAAGUACGAGAUCUGGCUGCUGUCCUUCCUCGGGUCGUUUGUCGGCAUCGCGCUGGUCGAAAUCGUCAACGCGACUGGGUUUGCCGACCGCGGCGUGCCCCUCAUCAUUGCGAGUUUCGGGGCCACCGCCGUGCUCGUCUACGGCACGAGCGAGAGCCCGCUCGCGCAGCCGCGCCAUGUCCUCGGUGGCCAUGUCGUUUCUGCCGUGCUCGGCGUCGCGGUCACCAAGCUUUUCCGGCAUGCUACCGCGUACCAUCUUACGCAGACGGCCGAGAAGGGCGCGUUGGAGCACCUCGUGUGGCUCAACGGCGCGCUGUGCAUGGCCCUGUCGUUGCUCGCCAUGCAGAUUACCGGGACGGUGCACCCACCCGGCGGCGCGACGGCCCUCAUCGCCGCUGUCAACGAAGACGCGGUCAACCUGUCCUGGCGGUACAUCUACCUCAUCCUCAUCUCGGCGCUGCUCAUGACGGGCUGGGCGCUGAUAAUCAACAAUGUCGGACGGCGCCGCUACCCCGCCUACUGGCUGCAUGGCAAACGGAUAUUCGUGCACACGCCCGAGGGCGACGAAGAGCGGUACGAGGACGACGUGCAGAUGGGCGCCGAGACCGGCUCCGGGUUCGGGUUUAGGGACAUGGAGCGCGUGCUCUCGCGCGAGAGCCAGGCGUCGAGGUUGCGCAGCGUCGCGAGCCCGCAGCCGCUGGAAACGUGGGCCGAGGACGAUGGCGACGGCGAUGGUGGCGAGCACGAUACUUCGAGCCGGUCACACGACAGCCCCGACCUCGAGGUCGUGCGCACGCCGAGCGCGUCCCCGGGCCGGCGCGGCAGAAGCGCCAGUACGCGCCGUGAGCGCACGCCCAUGUCCCCCAGAUUGGCGAGCAUGCCGCCGCUCACUACGCGCGAGUUGUCGCCGGGGACAAAGUAG